AUGAUCAGAAACCUGAAAGGAGUCCAAGACAAAAAUGACACAGAAGUGACAGAGUUUAUCCUCAUGGGGCUCUCAGACAAUGCAGACCUGCAGGGUGUCCUCUUUGCAUUGUUUCUGGUGAUCUACAUGAUGACCCUGGUGGGUAACUUGGGCAUGAUAGCACUGAUUAAGAUUGACCGCUGUCUGCACACACCUAUGUACUUCUUUCUCAGCAGUCUUUCCUUUGUUGAUGCUUCUUCCUCUUCUACUAUCACUCCUAAGAUGCUGGUGAACCUCAUAGCUGAGGAUAAGAGCAUUUCUUUCAAUGGGUGUGCAGUCCAGUUCUUCUUCUUUGGCUCCUUCUUGGGAACUGAAUGCUUCCUGCUAGCCAUGAUGGCAUAUGACCGCUAUGCAGCCAUAUGGAGUCCCCUGCUGUACCCAGUUCUCAUGUCUGGGAGAAUUUGUUUCAUGUUGGUGACUACUUCAUUCCUAGCAGGCUUUGGCAAUGCAGCCAUCCACACAGGGAUGACUUUCAGAUUGUCCUUUUGUGGUUCUAAUAAAGUCAACCAUUUCUAUUGUGACACCCCACCCCUGCUCAAGCUCUCUUGCUCUGACAUUCACAUCAAUGGCAUUGUGAUCAUGGUUUUCUCCAGUUUUACUGUUCUCAGUUGUGUUCUGAUGGUUCUCAUUUCCUACCUCUGCAUCCUCAUUGCCAUAUUGAAGAUGCCUUCUGCAGAAGGAAGACACAAAGCCUUCUCCACCUGUGCCUCCCACCUCAUGGCUGUCACCAUUUUCUUUGGUUCAAUUCUGUUUAUGUACUUGCGACCUACUACUAGUUACUCGAUGGAACAGGACAAGAUUGACUCUGUGUUUUAUACAGUAGUGAUUCCCAUGCUGAAUCCUCUCAUAUACAGUUUAAAAAAUAAAGAUGUGAAAGGAGCAGUGAAAAAAAUAUUACAGAAACAUGUGCUAUAA